CCCACCCCAAAUCCACCUGUUGAAUUCUAUUUUAGAAUGGGUUUUCCUAGGCAAUGCUCUUAGGGCUACCAAACAAACCGGUGGAAGUACAUCUCUACAACCUCUGUUGUUAUGGAGAAAAUGGAGCCUCAAAGGAGAGUGUACAUAUCCCUCCCUAAAGAAUACAUGGCUGCUUUGGCCAAAAAGUGUAAACUGGAUCACGGGCUUUUUAUUAAGGAUCUGAUCACUAACGUAAAUGAAGGAUACCUACAAGCUUACUUCCGACAGUGGGGCAGCAUUACAGCAUGCACGAUCAAGAAGACUCCACAGGACUCUGACUCAAAGAGUGCCAGUGCUUUCGGAUUCGUGAUGUUUUCCUCUGAGGAGGAGGCAGAUACGGCAGACUGGGCGGGUCCUCACUAUAUAGGAGGAAUGGAAGUGGAGGUCAAGAGAGUUGUCAGUCUGAAGAUGGAUGACCCAGAAGGUUGAGGUCAUCCCAGCCAGGUCUAUCCGCAGACGGUCCAUGGGUCUGUUCAUCAAUUGAGCAUCUUUGAGAAUGUAUCAGAGGCCGGAUGAUACUGUACCUACAUUAUUUAAAAGAAAUCCAAACUGGAUGGGAUACAUGGAUACAUGGAUUAUUUGUUGAAAAAUGUAGAACCUUUUGAGGA